UUGUACAAGUUCGGUAUUGGUAAUAACUGCGCAUUAAAUAAUCUGUACAAGCUAGGUAUUAGUCAUACUUUGAGUUUUGGACAAUGCUACAAAUAUUUAGACGGUAAAAAUAUGGGAGAUAUUUCAAGAGUCCAACAUCAUGAAAUAAUAGACAUAACAGUAACUGUGGAGACGGGAUUUAAACUUGAGAACACUGGAAUUGACGGAGAAAGUGCUGUAAAUUACAACACAGGACCGCUGAAAGUAUAUGAUAAGGGAAGACCACAAAAGACAGAAAUAAUAUGGGAAGAGUUGACCAAAAAUAAAUAUGAAACCCCCGGGCUUGUUCUAGCAGUAGUUGGAGACUGUGAUAGCUAUGUUCCUAAGCCAUGGAAUACUACUGCAUUCACAACUGGUUUAGUCAAUACUGUAAAUGGAGUUGAAAAAAGUUGGAUAAUCUAUAGAGGUAAAACUAGCGGAGUUAGUGCGUACAUAGACAAAACAUUUAAAAAGGAAACCAGAAAAAAUGGGAACAUUUUAAUUGCUGUACAGCCAAUAAAAAAUCAUAAUGAUAAAGGAAACAAACAGACAACGGAAAAUUUGGAGACGGACCAGCAAAAGGAAAAUAUUGACAAAGGGGAACAAUCAAAAGAUAAUGAUAAGGGAAGAGAACAUCAAAUUCAAAAUGAUAAAGAAGAGAAACAGCCAAAGAAAAAAGAAAUACAAAACACAAACACAAAUGAUCCGAUAACAGCUUCAUUGGAGGAAAAACUAAAGAUAUUUCAAAUUCACCCGGAAAACGAAAAAUUAGAUGAAGAAUACCUGUGGUUUAAUACGUAUAUGAGUAAUCUUUUGGCACAAAUUUCAAAAAGAUGGACUCCUCUACUGUCAUUCGAAGACAAAGACAAAAAGAAGGACAUAGACAAGGACAAAACGACGGACACAGACAAGAACAAAAAGGACAAAGAGAAAGAAGAGGCCAAAGACAAAGGGAAUGACAAGGACAAGGACAAAGAAAAAGACGAGGGCAAAGACAGAGGGAAGGACAAAGAGAAAGACGAGGACAAAGACAAAGGGAAGGACAAAGACAAGAACAAAGACAGUACAGCAUCAAAACAAGAUUUGGAAAUGAAAGUUCCUGUUUUGUUAGUUGUAGUGGAAGGUGAUACGCGUACUAUCCAUCAGGUUAAAGCUGCAGUAAAGAAAAACAUACCAGUCCUUUUGAUCAAAGGUUCUGGAAAUGCUGCAGAUUUGAUUUCGGAUUACUUAAAUGAACCAAUUCAUAGUGAAAGAGAUCGUCUACUAAAAAAACAGGCCCCUCUACUAUUUGGAACAUGCUUCCUGGGCGAUAGCUUCUCGGAACUUAUGAAGAUGAUGGAAAAAAUAGCCAAAUUUGAUCAUCUGAUAACAGUGUACGAUAUUGACAACGCUGCAGGUUUAAAGAUGGAGGAUGCAGUAGUGGAAGCUAUCAUCAAGGGAUGGUCAUUACGUGACUUAAAUGAAAGAAAUGGUAUAGCAGAUAGUGACUCUGAGGAAAACGAUCCAACCACAAAACUAUAUAAGCAAAACAAUCAGUUUAAUGAUAAACCUCCUCAUGUAGUAACUGCAAACCAGACCAAAUUAGACUCUGGUAACUCUAAAAAAACGAACAGUUGUAAUAAACGUCAAGCUCAAAAUACAGUAACGUUAAACAUAGUAAAAGACAACAACUUUGAUACAAGUUUGAUGAAAAACUAUCAACUGACACUUACACCUGGCUCACUGUCCUUGUUCUUUUACAUAGCAUAUCAAUUCAUACAGGAAAAAGAAUACGAACGGAAGAAUGAGGAUUUACAGCUACUGUUGUUAGAAGCUAUUAUAGCAGAUCGUGUUGACUACGUGUCAGUGAUGCUUCAGAAUGGAGUCGAAUUUGAUCCUACACACUUUGAUAAAUUGUAUAACGAGACAUUAAAGUGUGAAAAUUGUAAAGCAACAGACUGUCGCAAAAUUCACUCCAUACACCACAGAGUCACUGCUGACGUUUGUGAACAAAUCUGGUGUACCUGUGGUGAUAAUAAAUGCAUACGUCACGCAGAAGGUGAAAAAAGCAGCAAAAGUCAAAAAGAAAAAAAUAUAAGUAGCAAACGUCCAGAAAAAAAACAAAUCUGUUCUACCUCCAGUGAAGAUAAAUGCAAACGUCCUACAAAAGGAAAUACAACUAGUAAAAGAUCAGCAGACGCAUGUAAAUCAGCACGAAUCCGCCACAAUGGACGUUUAAUGUGUCAACAAUUGCUUAAUUAUGCCACAAUUACAAGGGAGGACAGAUCUUGCCAACAAUGUAAAGUACAUCCAACAAACGAUGGAGAUGCAGGUGAAGAUAUAUGUUGCGAACAGUGUAAAGAACAUCCGAAAGAAGAUGGAAAUGAAGGUUAUUUCAGUGACCUGUUAGCAUGGGCAUUGUUUACUAACAGAGUAGAGUUGGCUGGAGUAUUCUGGUCAAAAUGUAAAAAUCAAUUACUUACAGCGGUAAUGGCUAGCAAUUUGCUGAAAAAUAUGGCGGAAAAUGCAUCAUCAACGAAAGACAGACAGCUUCAUGAGGAACUCAUGAAUCAUUCAAGGUUAUUUGAGGAGAGAGUUAUUCAUAUGCAGACCGCAUUGUAUGAAGAAAGUGAAUACGAGGCGAUGUUGCUUAUGGAGGUAAUGGAAAAAGCCUGGGGAAUACAAGUUUCCCCAAUGAUUUGUGCAUAUGAACACAAUAUGAUAGAUGUUAUUGGUCAUCCCUGCAUUCAACGGCAUCUUAACAGGAUAUGGUACAAUGAACAAACAUGUUUGUCUAUCGACACAUCUGCUGCAGCAGCAAAAUGGAUGGACUGGUUGGGGAAUGCCUGCUGCUGUUGUGUCAAUGGACGUGAUCCCUUCUUCAGAGCAUGGUUUUCACCUCUGAUGACAUUUUUCAUUCAUUAUAUGUUUGUCAUGGGAGUCAUUGUGGGGUUUAGUGCUUUUCUGAUGACGAACUUGAGAAUCAUAUCUAGUAUCUAUGACAUUGGAAUUUAUGAAUGGCUGCUUUACUUGUGGCUAAUUGCAGAUAUUCUAGAGGAGUUUUUUUUUCCAAUCUUGAUAAGACGAAAUUACUUUAGAAGUCGUAAGCAUACAUGCAUGUUUAAAUUUAAAAGAUUUUUUUUCAAUGUCUGGAAUCUUCUUACAUAUGCGUCGUAUGCCGUUAUACUGAUGGCAGUAUGUAUGAGAAUUGUGAACUCCUCCGACUUCCAUAGAAUGACGCUCAGGUUAUACAGCCUUGGUCUGUUUUUAAUGUACAUGAGAUUUCUUCAAUGUAUGAUUGUUCAGAGUUACUUUGGUCCUAAAAUCAUCAUGAUUGGUGAAAUGCUUCUCGAGUUAAUCAAAUUUGCAUGGAUUUUGAUAGUGUUCAUGAUGUGCACAGGAGUUUUGUAUCAUGCGAACAUGUAUCCUAGUCAUUAUGACAUGUGGUCAACAAAAGGUGUACAGUACUGGCGAAUUUGGAAGAUAAUAUCAUUGCCGUACUGGCAAAUAUAUGGGGAGCUGUUUUUGGAAGAAAUUCAAGGCCAAAAUAAUGCAAAUGGAACUUGCACAUUUGUGCGUACUGAAUGGGAAAAUAAUCCAGAGAUAGAACGUUGUGUUGAGUACGACUGGGCGGUACUAAUCAUCGCUGCAAUUUACAUGUUAAUCACGAACCUAUUGUUGGUUAACUUGAUUAUUGCUUUGUUCACUUCUCGUUUUGAAGAAGUACAGAAGGACUCGGAUAGGCUGUGGAAAUUCUGGAGAUGUUCUAUCAUCAUGAAAUAUAGAAAUCGUGAUCCUGUUCCAUUGAACCUGUUAUUUCUGCCAUGGAAAUUAAUCCGAACUAAUUGUAUGUGUAAAGGACAAGUCAAAGGUGAUAAUGUGAUCCAAGAAGCACAGAAUCUGCAUGCUGUGAAGUGUCUAUACAUACAGUCAACAAAGACAAAAUAAAAACUUAUGUUUUACGAAGCAAAAGUGUUUUAGAAUAAAUAUAUUCUGCAAAGUACACUCAUACAUUAAUUUAGACGUAAUGUAUUAAUUGGUUAUAAUUUCAUAUCAUCAAUAGGAUUUUGUCUUUGAUUGCAUUUAUACCAAUAUUCAAAGUCAGAAUUAGGGUCUGGAUGGUGUUUACAGAAUAGAUAAUAAUGGCAAAAAAAAUAAUGAAUAAAGAAAAAUGAGCAACACAAAUAAUGGGGUGCAAAAUAAUAAAGAAUAACUGUGAAAAAUAAAAGAAGUCAGUAAUAAAAUACUGAUUACAGAAAUGAACCUUGAAAGAAUAAAGAAAUCAUGUACUAACAAAUAAAUCUAAUGAUAAAAUAAUUUUCAUAAUAAUUUUACAGAAUAAGCCGGAAAAUUACCAUCUGACAAAUUUGACAAAAUUGAAGACCUAGAGAAUAGGUACAAAACUACAAGUGGGAGGUUUAGCUAGCUAUAAACCAGAUUUAACCACCAUUUUCUUUAAAAGAUGCCUAUACCAAGUCAGGAAUAUAGCAGUUGUUUCACUUGUUCCGUUGAUUGACAGCGUUUGAUUUUUUCAGUUUUGAUGGGCUUCCCCUUUUUUAAUUUGCAUUUGAGUUUAGUAUUGUUGUUAUACUUUUUUUGCUUGAUUCAUUGAUUCGUUGUCACUAUUAACUAAAUCUCGUGUAUUAUAUUAACUGAUAAAGCAUCUGUAACCAUAAAUCGGCCAUAUAAAGCAUUUUCCUGAUUAUUGUACUUAUAAUGAACAUAGUCGUCAAGAUCUUGCAGAUUAUUAUUAAGACCCUAGCUUUUUCUUGAGGAUCAGGAUGUAGGUCCAUAAUUUCUGUACUUCCUUCUUUUGGUCGUGCUUAGUGUUAAGUAUCAAAUAUUUCAUAUAACAUAUUGCAUAUUCUUCAAGUGUAUACUACUGAAUCAAAUUACAAUAAAACGUAGAUCUGUAAACAGGAUGAUAUUGAUAAAGGGCGAAAAAUGUGGACUACUGGUCGAAGAUGCGGCAUACUGUUAUUAUCGUUAUAGAAAAAUUUUAUUUUAAUUAGCUCAAAAUAUUUGCUUUUGUUUCAUCCAAUCAAGACACAGAAAUCCGGAUUCAACACGUCGGUCGUCGGGGGGAAAUACAUGUGGGGAACUUGACUUUAUGGCGUCUUCGAUUUUAGAAAACUGACCAAUUUCAGGUUGAGUAAUUAUAGCAAAGCUUACUUUGGGAAAACAUGUCUUUUUUAAAACAAAUAAAAAAGUUUUUUUUUUCAAUUUUUGAAUCAAUUAUAUGAUCGUCUUUAAUGGCUUGGUUGUAAUUUGUUGAUUUCAGGUGAUAUAAAUCCUGAAUCAGUACAGAUUGAUCGCUAGUUCGAGAAAUUUGGUAUUUAUUGACGGGACGACGAUUUUGUUGGUUCAUUUGACAAACUUCCUUCUAUUUUUGCCACAAAAUAGCAAAAUAUAAAAAUAAUUUGAACUUAAUAGGAAAUUUUUAUAAUUAGGGGCUGGAUUCAUAAGUGACGAUAACUGGUCCUCAUAUCUAUAUACUGUUACUCAAACAUAGAUAGAUAUAAGAAGAUGUUGUAUGAGUGCCAAUGAGACAACUCUCCAUCCAAGUCACAAUUUAUAAAAGUAAACCAUUAUAGGUCAAAGUACGGUCUUCAACACGGAGCCUUGGCUCACACCGCACAGCAAGCUAUAAAGGGCCCCAAAAACUACUAGUUUAAAACCAUUCAAACGGGAAAAGGCACACUUAGUCUUGUAAUCCGCUUUUUGUUGUUUAUAAGUUGAAUUAAAGUCCAAGUCAUACAUCUAACUUUUGGUAACUCUUUUUAUGGAAAAUGAAUAUUUCCGAAAGCAGUCCCUGUUUAAAAAAAAUAUUUGAGAAAAAAUGCAAAUUUCUGACCGUAACUGGUCCUUGACCAGUGCAGUUUGAAAAGAUGGUUACUAUGUUUUGGUAGGUUUCUCAUUUCUAAUCAAAUCGUGUGAGGUAGUUUGUGGUUAGUUCAUUUUGUAUCCUUAGCAUUCUCCCUAUUCAUUUUACACCUUAAGUUUGAUAAAUGAAAUAAAUCAACUCUACAUCAAGUUUUUAGAAAUAUAUCUGUAAAAUUCAACAUCUAUAGUGCAUGCAGAGAUUGUUUCAGUAGCUAGUAGUUGUUAUUCCUUAGAUGAAACGUAUGUUUUGUUGUCAUCAACAGUUAGAGAUAAUGAUAAUUCAAUAUUAGGAACGAGCGACGAAUAGUAACCACCUACCUGGAAUAAGAUAAAGAACUUGGAACGCUUUUUCUAACUUGAACUCGAAGAAAUUUAUAAUUUAAAAAAACCCAAAACUCAAUUCAACAAAAUACUUCAUCUUUCUGUUCGAGAUAUUCUAUCAAACAAACAGCUGGAUUUUCAAGCAUAAUGGUAUGAAAACAAAAUCUGUAUUAAUGUUCAAAGCAACUGUUUGUACAAUUUUUACUCCAUAACUUUGAAUAAUUGGGUGAUAUUUUUCUAUUUUUACGUUUUAAAGACAUACAUGUUUUAAUACAAUUUUUAUACAUUUUUGAUCGGGAGGUGGGUUCUUCUUUUGUUUGGUUUUAUUUAUGUCAUACUUGUUAUUAAUAAUGUAUUUUAUAUAUUUGCGUAGCGUUUUAUUCAUCAUAAUAAAACUAGUUCAGAAUUCUA